GAGAUCUGAUUUCUAGGGUUUGCUGAUUCUCUUCGCGUUUCUGGAUAACAAUCCUCUGUGAAACAAAAAAAAGUUUUUUUUUUAAUUUUGUAUUCGUGAUUUCGCUGUCGAAUUGAUUAAUCCGAAUCUGGGAUUCAAUCAGGGAGAAAGGGUUUCGCGUUUUAAUGGUGGAAAUGAGGAAAUCUGGGGUUACGAGACCUGAGUCCGAAUUGGCGUCGAAGCGCCGUGAUGAGCUGCCGGUGAAGCUGGAGAUCGCGGAGGAUGAUUUGGAAGAAGCGCAUGGUCCUCUCAACAAGCGAUCUAGGUUACGGAGCGCUGGGACUAGCUCGUCUUCGUCGAUGGCACCGGCUAAGUAUAACCCGCUUGAUGAGCCGAGUCCUCUUGGAUUAAGCCUUAGGAAGAGUCCAUCUUUGUUGGAUUUGAUUCAGAUGAGGCUUACGCAAAAAGCAGCCGAUGCGCUUGGCUCUGGUGUUAAAAAUGAAAGUAAAUGUACAACUGCUGGAGCGACCUUAGCGCCAGGGAGUAUUGAGAAGCUGAAAGCUUCCAACUUUCCUGCCACUGUUUUAAAGAUCGGCAACUGGGAGUAUAAAUCAAGGUAUGAAGGAGAUUUGGUGGCGAAGUGUUACUUCGCUAAGCACAAACUUGUUUGGGAAGUGUUGGAACAAGGUCUUAAGAGCAAGAUCGAGAUUCAGUGGUCAGAUAUUUGGGAUUUAAAGGCAAACUGUCCUGAGGAUGGACCUGGAACAUUGACUCUCGUGCUUGCUAGGCAGCCCUUGUUUUUCCGGGAAACGAACCCGCAGCCUAGAAAACAUACUUUGUGGCAGGCUACAUCAGAUUUUACUGAUGGCCAAGCCAGCAUGCACAGGAAACAUUUUCUGCAAUGUGCUCAAGGGAUAAUGAACAAACAUUUCGAGAAGCUCGUUCAGUGUGAUCAUCGCCUGUUUCAUCUCAGCCGUGAGCCAGAGAUAAAAAUGGACUCUCCCUACUUUGAUGCACGGCCAUCUAUCUUCGAGGAUCCAAGUGAACCAAAGGGGUAUCCUUUCGGGAAUUUGAACAUUAGCACAGGUCCUUCAAUAUCUGGGACUCAUAAUUUAGCAUCUCCAGUUGGGGCUCAGUCAUCAUCUGAACAUAUGUAUCUGUCUCAUGAAGCACCAUCGCCCAGCUCAGUUAUAGAUGCUCGCGGAAAUGAAGGAACUGGAGGUGUUGAAGCAGUCAACUCGAGAAACACAACGGAUUGUGGUCAGCCUGGACUACGCCAAUCUGUGUCACUGAGCGAUUUCCUUGCAGUUCUCUGUGAUUCAAACAACACAACGGAUUUGAAUCAGGUUGAAGGAGAAGGUGGAGUACACCCAUCUAUGUCAGUGAGUGAUCUCGUUGCAUUCUUAGCAACUGAUUCGAGUCAGAUAAAGGUACCUGGACUACAACAAUCCAUAUCAGUGAGCGAUUUCGUUGGAUUUCUCUCUGAUUCUGCUGGUGGAAAUCAUCCGGAACAUAUGGAGAAAUUUGAGAGCUUGAAACAGCAACUGCUGAGUGAUAAUAUCCAGUUCGAUACACCAGAUGAGAAGUCUCUCAUGCCAAGGGUUAAUUCUUUAUUCAACCUCUUGUACAAGGAUCCCAACGUCGCUGCAAACUCACAGCUCAAUACUGGAUCGAAGUCUGAACUCAAUGAUCUCAAGGGGAUAGUUUCUGAACAUAACAACAACAACAACAGAGUUCUUGAUCCAGCUUCCAGCAGCAAACCACAGGGUAUGUCAAGGAAAGACUCGUUCAGCGAUUUGCUCUUACACCUCCCCCGAAUCACAUCCUUGCCAAAGUUCUUGUCCAACAUUUCAGAAGAAGAUGGUGGUGAUGCAUAUAAAUAGAUAAUUUUAUCGUUUCAGGAUUUGGCAAGUAUAGGAGACCUGUACUACUAGCUAAGCUUUGCUGUUUUUUUUUUUUUUCUUGUAAAUCAAAUUCAUUUCUUGGUAACUAAAUCCCAACAGGGAUAUGAAGAAAGACGUUUUGAUAAUGAAUUUGUUUAGAUCAUCCUAAUUAUAAUAAAACAAUGUUUGGAGACAAUCAAUUAUCUA